AUGCUUUUCUUUCGCCCGUUUAUACGAUGUUAUGCAGAUGGUCAUCACAAAAAAGGAUUAAGCUUGCUAACCAAUUUGGCAAAGUACAAGUUUCUCAAGUGUCCAAAAAUUCAAAAAAGAAACCUGGGCUAUGAUAAUACCAAAAAACAUUUUCCUUCGGUCGAAGAAAUCAAGAAAUGGAAGACGGAACAAGUUAUUACUUUUUUGGAGUCCAAAAAAGACGAGUUACGACUUGAAGAAGUUGACUUUAAUAUAAUCAAUAGGAACAUGAUUUCCGGUUCAAGCUUCCUUUUAUUGACAGAAGAAAAGCUCAGAAAUAUUGGGCUAUCGCUUAGUCCAGCAAUAACAAUUGCACACUUGGUUAAAGAAAUUUCAAAAGCAUUUCCUCCGGAACCUAAUGAUCUUGUGUACAUUUUUGUCGACAACUCUAAUAUCACUAUUGAGGGAAAAUAUACCGUUGGCGACCUUGAAUGCCUUGGUUCAUUUGAUUACGAAAGAAGUACACAUUACUUUAGUCAACUUCGUAUUGAUUAUGGUCGACUUCUUAAAACUGUUCAGCAUGGACAUACA